GGUUGCAUCAAUUCAAACAAGCCAAUAGGUGAAGAGAGCAGAUGAUGAGAUCCGAAGCACUCGAAAUUGAAGAUACAAGACGUUUAAAGACCUCUAGAACUGGUAAGUGCAGAGGAAACCCUACUCAUUGAGCUACUACAAGAAAAUACAGACUUUGCAUUCUAUAAAAAAAAGCAUCCAACACCCAGAAAUUUGGGUCACGGAGAAGGAAUCAAAUGGGUACAAACAAAGAUCCAAGUGCUGAGCAAUCAGCACCACAGACUGAGGAAGACAUGGAACUGUCUCCUGAGCAGAACAGUCCAGUUGAUCAAGACCCACGACAACCAGAGGAUGGCAAGCUACUCAACACGUACAAGUGGCUCACGGGGGCCAAGAAUGAGACAGUGACACAGGGGACUAUUGAAAGGCUAGAGAAAGGGUCUUCAAACAAAUGGAAUAAAAUGCAGAGUUGGCGCAAAGCUCUGAGUGAAGACGCGGGGGAAAAGUGCUCGACUGCAACUCGAGGGAGUGAAAGCCCAUCCAAACCAGACAAGCCGGCAACUUCAAGGAAAAACCCUUUCCGCAGAGCUCUUUCAGAGCCACCAGGGUCCCUCUUGUCUUCGGUCAUGUCCUCCUCUUCUGCAUCUGGGUCCUCCAGCGCACAGGCAUCUGGGUCCACUGUCCAGGACACAACACAGAGGGGUAAAAUAAGGAAGUACCUGCAAACGGUCUCACAGAAGUUCAAGAGACAGCGUCUACAGAGUACUGCCAUUGCAGAGCAUGAAGACAAACACAAGUGUGAUCCUGAGAAUGUGGUCCAAGAGCCUGUUCGCCUCUCCUGGGCCCCUCCACAAGACGUUCCCAUUUGGGACAUUAGCAACUGCUUUCUUCAAGAUGGACAGAUCCUUAUCCCACGUGAGGAGGAGCCUUUGAUGAGGGUACAGAACCGGGCCAGCAGUUGUCUCUCCAGCCUGAGUCUCCAGAACAUCAGUGGAAGUCAUACUGAGCUAAACCCAGAUCCUGUGGUCCCCCAGAGUGGUACCAAAAUAAAAGGGCAUGAUGGUGGCGUCAGAAAUUUAAUCAAGCGCCGCUUACAAGGUGAUGAUAAAAGGAAAAGCAGCACACAGCUCAAUACUGUAGGACUAAGUGUUGCUGGAAGGUAUGGUUCCAGAGAAUCUUUAUCCAUUCCAGUCAGUGCGGCAAAAAGCCUGGAUCUUAGUGAAGACCAGGCUACCGUCAUCAGGCCAGUCCACAGCUCGAUUCUAGGGGAGAAGUACUGUUUUCAGGUCAUCAACUCAGAGAAUAACCACUGCUUUGGGUGCAGUUCAGCUGCAGAAAGAGACCGCUGGAUUGAAGACUUGCGUCGUGCUGCUCAUCCAAAUAAGGACAACUGUGAGCGUACUGAGUACUCACUGAGUCUUUGGGUUAAUGAAGCAAAAGACCUUACCCCUAAGAAGCGAUAUUAUUGUGAGGUUCACCUUGAUGGUACGUUGUUUGCUCGUACCAGUAGCCGGGCCUUGGGGAAGUCCGUCCAACGCUCCAGCCAAGCAGUUGACGGAGGAUUUGGAGCAGCUGGCACAGGCCAUGGUGGUGGUGCUUCAGGAGGUUGCCAGCUAUUCUGGGGCGAACUUUUUGAACUUGACAACUUGCCCCCUGUCAACCAGAUCACCCUGCACCUCUUUAGAGACGAAGACCCCAAAAAGAAGAGGCAUUCCAAGGAUGACUCUAUCUUGCAUCCUCUAGGAAGUGUGGCUCUCAAUCUGGCAGAAAUAAAAGGACGGGCCUAUCAGGAGAAGUGGUAUCCCAUCGUUCCCUACAAGCCCCCAGGAACAAGUACAGCAAAGGACCAAAUUGGACCGCAAGCUUCACUUCGAGUCAAGUCCAAAUUCAAGAUCCUGAAAAUUCUGCCUAUUGAGAGGUACAAGGAAUUUGCAGAGUAUAUCACAGUGAAUUAUGUAGAUAUGUGCAGCAGCCUGGAACCCCUUCUCAAUGUACGGGAGAAAGAAGAACUUGCAGGAGCACUUGUUCAUGUGCUCCAGAGCAUUGGGAAAGCUAAGGAGUUCUUGAUUGAUCUCGGUAGUGCAGAAGUUCAGCGCUUGGGAGAAAAUGAGGCUUUGAUUUUCAGAGAGAAUACACUGGCCACAAAGGCUAUUGAUGAAUAUAUGAAAUUGGUGGGCCAGAAGUAUCUCAUUGACACACUUGGUGACUUCAUAGCCAGACUGUAUAGUGGAGGAGAGAGCUGUGAGGUAGACCCGCAAAAAUGCUCUGCCUCUGAUCUACCAAUCAACCAAAGACAUCUAAAGGAGACAUGUGCAGAUGUUGUAAAGAGAAUAACAGACAUGCAAGACUCAUUCCCUGCGGAGCUGAAUGAGAUUUUUUCCAGCUGGGUAUCAGAUUGUGAGGACAGAGGUCAAACAGACAUCGGACACCGUCUCAUAUCAGCGUCCCUGUUUCUUCGAUUCUUAUGCCCAGCGAUUCUCAGUCCAUCACUGUUCGGCCUCACCCAAGCCUACCCAGAGACAAACACCCUUCGCACUCUCACUCUGACAGCCAAGGUCAUUCAAAACCUUGCAAACUUCACCCUGUUUGGCGAAAAAGAAGAGUACAUGUUUUUUAUGAAUGAGUCUCUAGAACAACACUGGGAACCUAUGCGAGGAUUCUUACAGAAAGUAUCUGAUCCAGACAGUGAAAUUGCCAUGGCUCGAUUUGAUGGCUAUGUAGACCUGCCCCUUCGUCUAGCAGUCCUACACAAUCUCCUGGUUGAUAUUAUUUCCGUAAUGAAACAGGACCAAAUAGACAACCUACAGCCCUUGCCUUUAAUCCUGAACCAAAUCACAGAGUUCCUUGGCCAGGAAGCGCAACGGAUCCCAGUUAGCAGCAGUCAUGGAACACCAAAGCCUACAUAUUUACCUCCAAAGGAUCUCCCCAAGUACAGUCCAUUACAAAACUCCAUGCAGCAGUUUCCCAUAGACUCAAAACCCAACCAAGGCAAAGAACGUCAGCGGAAGCAGGUGCAACGGGCUUUUAGUGUCCCCAACAGACCAUCACGGCAUCAGUGGCAACCAGUAAAAAGGCAGACAAGCAAAGAAGAGCUACCCACGCAGUGCCAGGAGGACUACAAUCAAGAUCAAGAUCCCUGUUUGGAAAUUUCAUCACCUAGCAAUGCCAUAAAAUCCAAAGCCCCAGCAGCAAAAGUACUCUGGAUCAAACAAAACAACAGCAACGAGCCCUAUCAAAAAAUAGGGCAAGAGCAAGAGGAGACAAGCACAUUAGACAGGCAUGCGCAAGAGUUGGCUGAGCUGCGUUUAGGCGUUGAGCAGGUGACCGAGCGCGAGCUGGAGAUGGCCAAGCGGUUAGAAGACCUCAUAGUCCUGACCCAAGAUCAGAAUACACAGCUACAGGCAGAGGUUCAGGAACUUCGUAAUCUGGUAGCCAUCCGGGAGGAACAGCUGGCAAGUGCAACUUUCAGACUGGGUGUAAUAGAAGAAGAGAGAGAGGAAGACGAAAGAAAGCUGAAUGUUGCUGUGGCUGCAGUAGAACGGAUGAAUGUUUUGGAGGAGCAGUUUGCUGGGUUAUUGAAAGAUGUGCACCAACUCUAUGCAGUUAAUGCCGAUGGCAUAAGAAAUACUUACAUCAAUACCUGAUGCAAGACAGGAAGUAAACUGGUGUGGUGUGUUACAUAGUGCCAUUUUGCAUUGCUAUUAGCUUUUGUCAGAUUUCUUUUAUUCAUUGGUAACACUUUCAACGCUUACAUAGCUAUCUACCUGUCACAAUUAACCCAAAUCCAUUAUCGCUGCAAUAAUAAACUGUAGUAACAAAAAUAACUACCAAUUAAAAUGGUAUAGAUCUGCAUAAGACUUUUUUCUCACCGUUUUGUAGACUUUCACAAAUAAAAUGUGCAUUAAAUAAACCAA